AUGGCCGCGCCGGCGCCGGGCCCGCCGGUGAAGGUGCUGGCGGCGCAGCUGCGGCGGGCGGAGCGGGGCGCGGGCGGGACCUGGCAGCUGCGGCGGGCGGCGGCGGGCCGGACGCCGCUGUCCCUGCGGGCCGUGUGGAUGCAGGGCACCGUGCUGGAGGUGCAGCGCGGCGCCGAAGGCGGCUCGGCCCGGCUGCAGGACGGCAGCGGCGCCUUCACCGUGCUGGGCGUGGAGCAGGUGCCGCAGGGCCGGUCGUGCCUCAGCGCAGGAAAGUAUGUAAUGGUGAUGGGUGUGGUGCGGUCCUGCAGUCCUGAGCCCAUUCUUCGAGCAAUAAAGAUGACAGAUCUCUCUGAAAACCCUGUCCAUAAGGAUAUGUGGAACCUUGAAGUGGAAGAUUUGCAAAGAGUCAUCCCCUAAUACUUUUACUUUCUGCCUAAAAUAACUGGAAAUUUGGUUUCUUUUGCUUUUUGGUUCAGAACAUUGGACUGUUCUCUGUAACCACUCCUGGAGUAAAGCAAAGUGAGAAGUUGGGCUCAGUUAAGUAUUGGGACCAGUGCUUACCUGAUAAUAAUCACACUGUUCAUGUCUUCAGUCUCUUUUUAUGCCAACAUAUUUGAGAAAUGCCUAUUUGAUGUUUUGAGUAAGAUGUCCACACUAUUAAAGGGCUGUAUGUU